CGUGAGAAGAUUCCUCUGUCAUAGCGUUAGUGAAACUCUUGUAUCUCGUUUGCUAAGACCUAUCAAUGGAAUCGCUUACGUUAGUGAGCACUCUACAACUCCUAUUGGCUAUCAGAAGCUUGCAAGCAGCUCACUUGCCCAAAUACCAAGCUAUUGCGUAUCCCCAAGUGUUCGAUGCACGUGACGAAAAGACGAAGGUUCUCAAAAUAAACGAAGAUAUAACUCUUAACCUGGAGCCCAGCUCAAUACUACACGAAAACUUUUUUGUUCGCUCAUAUAAAAAUGGAAUUCCAGAGCAUCAAUACUACGACAUACGGGAUUUACAGAAAACCUUUUAUCACGACAAAAAGCAGUUCGCUGCUCUGAUGCUUUAUGAGGAAGAUGGGACACUGAGAGUGGAAGGCGUUGUUGGACCAAACCUAAAGAUCAGGCCUAUUGAAAGCACUGAACGCUCCGAGCAUGGCCAACAAGCUCACCUUGUCGACACUAUUGAAGACAACGACUCAGUAGAAGUGUACGGUGAAUUCGCAAGAAACAAAGUUGAUAUUUCUGAGCGUGCAAAAAGCAGUGGGACUGGUUUUGAUCCAACAAAGUACGCCGUUUCAAUAAUUUAUCCGGAAUUAUAUGUGCUGUGUGAUUCAGUGUUUCAACAAAAAUUUAAAAAGAGGGAGCACAUAAUUCCAUAUUUGAUGACAACCAUCCAAGUGGUGAACAUACGUUACGGUACAAUUUCCGGACCACAAGUGCGCAUCGUCUUGCGAGGAAUUGAGCUCACUGACGCUACGCAAGAAGGCAGGUACUACGUGUACGAUGGUUAUGGUAUAGAUGCUUACGCAUCCCUCCAGAAACUCGUGACAUUUGCCGCUGCUGAGAACCAGACUUACAAAACAUUCGAUAUGAUGUAUUUUUGUAACAGGUUUACUACUGUUAGCAUGUACGAUCAACUUUCACAAUCGGUCUUCCCAGGUUACGCAUUUGUUGGCUCUGCUUGUACUACGCAUCGCCAGCUACUUGGUGAAGAUACGGCAUAUACCUUCAGGGGGAUCCGUAUUGUCACACAUGAAAUAGGACACGCGUUAGGAUGCUCUCACGAUGGCACGUCUGCCCCUGGCAUUGUGAAAGCAUUUGUGCCGAACAGCCUACAUUGUCCUUGGGGUGACGGAUACAUUAUGAGUUACGAGCAACACGACAGCAGAAGCAUGCGGUUUUCAUCUUGCUGCCGCUACGACAUCUCCCAGAUGUCAUGGUCCCGCGAAGCAAGUUGCUUGCAUGUUAAUGAUUCUAUGAAAUAUCCCCUUAACUGGCUAAUAAAGUAUAAACUUCCUGGAGACUUCUUGAGCCUGAAUAGGCAGUGUGAAAUUGCGUACCCUAACCUUUGGAGAACAUAUUACGUGCAGAAAACAUAUAAAUGGUACUGCAAAGGUUACUGCUUCGUCCCAGGACAUCAGUUUAGAGCCGCUGAUCACUACUGGGACUUUCUAUUUGUAGAUGGAACUGUUUGCUUGAAUAGAACUGCGCAUGGACACCACGGCUGGAUAUGCCUCAACGGAGAAUGCGUUCCAGAUAAGAGAGGGUAUCGAGAACUACCCUACAAAGAAUAAAAAUAAAUUCUGAAAGCUGAGCUCA